UUCAGAAGACGUGACGCACAUGGCGAGCAGUGUCCACGGCAAGUCAAAGCAAGAUAAUGUGGACUCCUCGAUCCACUCUACUGAAUUCUCUCCCCUGAUGUGGUGUAGUUGAAUUGAUUUCACUUAAUGUUUUCUUCCCAUAUGGUAUUGCGAUAUAGACAUCUCUGUUGUUCAGUGUGAUCUGUGGAAUACAGUGACAUCUUCAACAUAGUGUUGGAGCGACAUGAAUUCUGUGACAUAAAAGAGUGUUCGGCGUUGUUCAUCCAGAGACUUUCUAAAGACGUGAAUGCAUUCACUGUUGUACGUUAUGGCAUUACCAAAGUUCUAGCAAUAGAGUGCUAAACAAAGUGCUAAACAAAGUGCUAAACAAAGUGCUAAACAAAGUGCUAAACAAAGUGUCGAAAGUGUAAGGUUGACAUAUUAAAGACGAUUGAAAUUGUUCUCCUACUGUUAAGAAGACACAAGACUAACUCGUAAUGCCAAUGGGAUCUGUCUGUGUGUUUGUGUUGUUGGUGUUCUCUUUGAUCUUCAUACCGGUCACAUUUCAAUCUGCUGCAGAGGAUAGCGUCAAAGGAGUAGGCGUCAAAGGAGAAGGCGCCAAAGGAGUAGGCGUCAAAGGAGAAGGCGCCAAAGGAGAAAUCGCCAAAGAAGGCAGCCAAAACAUGCACGAGGAUCUGUUCGAGAGUUCGGACGAUGAGACAUUUUGGCAAGACGUCACGCUCAGCCCACUGUCAGACCAACACGCCGGAAUGAGCGGCGGAGCAGACGUGUGGCAAGUGGACGACGGUCCCUGGCUGGAUUCAAACAUCAAACUGGUGGACAGUUCUUUGGAUAACUACGGUGAUGAGAAAUACCCGAGUGAUGACCUUCUGGGUCAGUUUGAGUCGCGCGACAGAAUUUUCGGAGACUCUUACAACGACCCCACCUUCGGCACCGGUCUUGGAAGUAAGAGCGUCCUGAGUGAGGCCUCUGUGACAUGCCACAGCAAGUGCCUGUGUAACGGUGCUCUGGUGGACUGUUCCGGUCAAAACUUGACAUCAGUUCCGAGAGGCAUCAUCCCCGGCACCAUCAAACUAGAUUUAAGCAUGAAUAACAUCCAAGACUUUCACGAGGAUGACUUCAUCAACAUGACAAGUCUCCAAGAGCUUCGAGUAGUUGGAAACAAGCUGACGUCAUUACCUAAGCGUUUGUUUCGAAACAACCCAUUUCUUCAGAAUCUAAACUUUCAAGGAAAUCUUUUUACUAAAGUGCCUCCCAUGACUUUCCAGAAUUUAACCUACCUGCGACAGCUUUAUCUGGAUUCUAAUUCGAUUAAAAGCGUGAACAAAAGCGCUUUCAAGGGACUCCACUCAUUGCGAGAACUUUGUUUGGAUGCCAAUCAGUUAAAAACAAUCCCCGUUGGAGCUCUCAGAAAGGUUAAAGGACUGCAAGCUUUAGCACUGAACAACAAUCAAAUCACAAAAAUUCCAAAUCAAGCAUUUCACAAAAAUGUGAAGCUCAUUAUUGUACAAAUUGGUAACAAUAAAAUAAGCACAAUUGAAAAGGAUGCAUUUCUUGGCCUCACUGGUCUAAGAAUUUUAGAUUUAAACAAUAAUCAAAUCAGGAAUAUUUCCUCCUCCCUGUCAACACUUGAAGCACUUGAAGAUCUAAAUCUGGAAAAUAACAGUCUGAGUCAAAUCCCUGAUGCAAUGUUUGCCAAUAAAUUGAGACUUGAAACUUUAAAGUUAGAUCAGAAUCCAAUCAAGUCAGUCAGUUCUAAUGCUUUUGUAAACUUGCCAGCUUUACAAGAAUUAAAACUAUCUGAGGUCCAUAAUAUGGCUAUGUUCCCAAAUCUAACUGGAACAAUGAACUUGACUAAAAUAACACUGGACAGAGCCAACAUAAGGUUUAUACCAAAUGACCUUUGUUCACUAUUGGAGAAACUCUCAGUUCUAGAUGUUCAUUCCAACAAAAUAGAAGAGUUUCCUGCAAUGUCUAACUGUAAAAAACUGACUAUUUUGAACAUGGCUAAUAACUUUUUAAAGUCUCUUGAUGGUCAGCCUUUUAAAGGGAUGGACAGCCUGGUUGAUCUUACUCUCAACACUAACUCAAUUAAGAACAUACCACAAGAUGCGUUUACAGGAUUAUCCACCCUGGAAUAUCUAAAUUUGGCUGAAAAUGAGAUAAGAGACAUUCACCCUGAUGCUUUUCUACCUCUCAAGAGAUUAAAAGAUCUAAAUCUUGGGAAAAAUAGACUACAUCACUUGCCAACUGCAGGUUUGAUCAAUCUUGAGAAGCUCAAAGUUUAUUACAAUCCAGAUUUGAGAGAGUUUCCAGCUAAGGAAAACUUUCUCAAUGUCAACCACUUUACAAUGGCAUAUGCUUAUCAUUGCUGUGACUUUAUCCAUUCAAGACAAGAGCCAAGUGACUUAGAGUCUGCGGAGGAUUUUGUUGUGUUAGACUUUAAUAAUAAGUUAAACAUAAUUCUCACAAGACCAAGUGAAAUUAUUGACAGUUAUAGGAGUGAAAACCAGUGGUACUCAAAUGAAAGCAUUGAAACAUAUUGGGAGCUAAAUUUUGAAAAUGUUUCUUUAGAGAAUGGAAUGAAUUUUGAACAGUUUGGGAGUGACUUUGAUUUUUCUGAUCUUCAAACAAAACCCGAGGCCACAACCAAUCUGAAAGACUAUUCAAAUCAGCCAAGCUAUGUGGUUGCCAAGGCAGCCAUUACCUGCAAACCUAUGCCUGGUCCAUUCAUGCCAUGUGAUGACCUCUUUGGAUGGUGGUCCUUGCGUUGUGGCGUGUGGUUUGUUUUUAUGCUGGCACUACUGGGUAAUGGAGUCGUUUUCUUUGUCUCUGUGACAAGUAAAUCCAAGAUGGAUGUGCCAAGGUUUCUGAUUUGUAACUUGGCCAUGGCAGACUUUUUUAUGGGGAUAUAUCUUGGAAUAUUGGCCAUAGUUGAUGCCUCCACACUAGGUCAAUUUAAAAAGUAUGCUAUCCAGUGGCAAAUGAGUGCCAGUUGUUUAGUGGCAGGUGUCUUGGGUGUCUUGUCCAGUGAGCUUAGUGUCUUCACCCUGACUGUCAUAACAUUAGAGAGAUUCUAUGCGAUCACUCACGCUAUGCAGCUUAACAAACGACUUUCACUCAAGCAUGCAGCUUGUAUUAUGCUUGGAGGUUGGUUGUGGAGUUUCAGUCUUGCUAUGAUGCCAUUGUUUGGUAUAAGUGACUACAGAAAGUUUGCUGUUUGUCUCCCAUUUGAAAUUGAAGAUGUCAUUUCUAAAAGCUAUGUGUGCUUCAUCAUGGUCUUCAAUGGGAUCUCGUUCUUCAUCAUACUUAGCUGCUAUCUUAUUAUGUACAUUAGUAUCAGGGAUUCUCAAGCUUGGAAUUCUAAUGACACCAGGGUGGCUAAAAGAAUGGCAUUGUUGGUUUUUACAGACUUUCUGUGUUGGGCACCUAUUGCCUUUUUGUCACUUGCUGCAGCGUUUGGUAAAAACCUAAUACAUUUGAAUGAAGCAAAGGUUCUGACCAUAUUUGUGUUGCCACUGAACAGUUGUGCCAAUCCAUUUUUGUAUGCAUUCUUCACAAAGCAGUUCAAGAGAGAUUGUGUUCUCCUCUGCAGGAGAUUGGAAGAUUCAUCUAUAGCCAGGCAUUUUUCACAGGGAAGUCAACGCCAAGCAUCAUUCUCCUGGAAAAAUCAGCGCAGAUUAUCUGGCUUGCAUAGUUUAAUGGGUGAAGGGAAGUUUAAUAACAGCCGAAAUGGUUCUUCAGGCAGUAAUAGUUAUGGACUCAUCAACUACAACUCAGAGCAGGUGAGCUCUGGCAGCAACAGAAAAGACUCUGGUGGUGGCUAUGAUAAGAUCACCAACAACAACACCAAGUCCAAGUCUGUGAUCAGUAUCAGCAGCAAUGGAGUGGGUCACAAGUACAGGUACAAGAUCUGCCCAGGGGAGGAGGAUGAUAUUGAGGACAUAGAGGCCAUUUUGAGGAAAAGUUUCAUGAAGAGUUACAAGUGUAACGAUUGUAACAACAGCGAUGCCCAUAUCAUACUACACCAAGACUUCUACUCUCACAGUGGUACAGACACUAAUGGAGGAACAUCUGAAACUUAUAUUCAGGAAAAGGAUGACACAAACCUUACCCAGAAUUCUGACAGUGACCUUGAGAUGGAUGGUAAAUGUCAGGUCACUGACCCUGACUUUGAAGAUUGUGCUAGUCAUACUAAAAGUAUUGAAUCCACUAAGCAGAACUCCUCCCCAGUGUCUACAAGUUCCAGCCCUAAAGAAACCUGUUGCAAUAAGAGAACAGAGUGUUCCAAUGGGAAUAAACAAUGUCCAGCAAGUAGCUCUUCUGGCAUCACAGUUGUUAUCCGUGGCAGCCAGGAGGUGAAGCCAUCAGGAAAUGUUCAGUGUUCUUCAGAAGAACCAGAUUUCACUGAAACAGUUAGAGCACAAAAGAAAAGCUCCUUCAAAGACUUUCACAAAACCCCCAGUGGUGAAUCUUGCAUCUCCCAAGAGCUAAGCUCUGAUGGCAAGUCUGUGUCUCCAUCUAUUGAGCUGAACCAUUUCAGUGAUAGUGGAAAUGGUGGCGAACUCUCCACAGAUUCCCUCUCCAGCAGUGAACUGAUGCACAGUCCUGUGAAAUGCAAACACAGUGAGCCCAAGCUUUGGACUGAGGAUUCAACAGAGAAGGAUCACAAGCAACAGAAGCUUCAUCAACUUGUCAACCCAAUCAUACAAAUCUAUGAUGAAGAUCACAUCUGUGUGAACAGACUAGUUUCUAUCUGCAGUGAUGACCAAGUGAGACUUAAGUGUGACUUUUCAAAACAAAGGGACAGCACCAGCAUACCAGAAAUGAGUAAACACCAUGCAAGAGAUGGAAGUUGCACUAAAAGUAGGACAUCCACAGGCCACAGAAAGAAACAUUCUAGAAAGCACUGUCGCAAGCAUCAUAAACACAGUCUAGCUGGCAACCUAAAUGGAGAUAGAUAUAAUGAGGGUCAUCAAACAAUACAAAAUGAAGAUCAAUUUUGUCAACUUAAUGUGGUUCACUGUGGAGUUAAUGAAAUGCAAGAUGCUUCAAAUCCUAUCACAGUUGCUACCAGCCACGAUAUUAAUACAAGCUCUCAUUUAAAUGAUCCAAGAUUCUAUCUUACACAGGAUGGCACAGAUACUAUGUCCAUUGACAACCAAAUAUUGAAAUGAUCACAUGAAAACUUUCCACUAAUUAUUUCCAUUGUUCUUCUUGAAAUGAAUGCAAAAACAAAACAUUAUUUUUAAAAUAGUUUUAAAGGAAACAUCAUUGACUUCAAACUGAAUUCUAUCUUUUUGGCAGUUCGACUUUACCACUGUCAUGUAGAAAGAACUAUCUGAAGCCAUUCACUUGAAAGUGGAACUUAAUCAUGAGGUCAAAGUUACAAAUAAAUAUGAACUCUACACUGGCUGCAAACAUCUUAUUCAUUCCAUUAUUCCAUUAUAUCUAUAUCAUAUGGGAACCUUGAAAAUUUCUGUUGCAUGAUCAUAUCAUAUGGGUGCCUGGAAUAUUUUGUUGCAUAUUAAUAUUAUAUGUGUACCUGGAAUAUUUUUGUUGCAUAAUCAUUUCAUAUGCGUACCUGGAAUAUAUAUGUUCCAUAUUGGUAAUCAUUUCAUAUGGGUGCCUGGAAUAUUUCAGUUGCAUAAUUAUUGUUAAUAAACUAAUUACAACUGCACUCUUACAAAAUUGAGACUUUAAUGUCAAUUUAUCUCUCUUUACAAUUGAAGCCUAGCAAUGAAUAUUUUUUUAUAUUUGCUUAUUUCCUGUAAAAUAAAAACUGAGUUAAAUUUUAGAUCACCUCUGAAAUUAGUUUUAAAUGUAAAGGCUGAGUGGUUCAUUCUUCGCUGCCAAACUAAGAGCUUUAGUUCAAAUCUUAGUCCUUGAGUCCAACAUACUGAUGUUGGAGAAACAGAAUUGCAGUUGACAAUUAAGUUUUAAUUCUAGUGUGGACUACCAGUGGCCCUAAGUAUUGAAAGAAAUUUAUAUACCGGUACCGGUAUGUUUAUUAUAAUAAAUUAGUCUUAUUUAUAGCCAUGUAUAAAAAAAAUAGAAGGUGAGACUUGAAACAAAGUGAAUCUAGCUUAUAUAUGACUUUUGUCUAUAGCCCUCCAUACCUUAUAUUAUUUUAUAUGUCCUCAAAAGAAAUGAUGAAUGAAUGUUCUAUUUAAAAUGUUUUCAUAUUGAAUAUUUUUUGUUGGUCAAUACAUGAUAUUUUUUACUGCUGAUGUUAUUUGGUGAUGGAUCAAUACUUUGAAAUGCAUUCUUUAAUGUGAAUGGUUGAACUAUACCCAUCUAGAUUGUUAAUGUCUUUGUUGAAAUGAACCAUACCGGUAUUUCUUUACUAUUUAAGCUAACACAAGAAUUCUCCGUAAAUCUUCUUCAAUGGAAAAAAAUAGACUAUUAUGCAUUUUGCUAUCAAAUCCAUUAUCUUCAAAUCCAUUUUAUGAAUGUCUGCAGAACUAAUACCGGUACAUGUAAGAUGAAAGAGAGUUGAUAUGUAAUCAUUUUAGUGAUGAAACUUAUGAAUGUAUUUGUGUUCUUUUUCAUAACUUUUAAACCAGAGAUGAGCAACAACUAUUACAGCUCUGGAUUAUUGAUUUGGAAUCAUUUAGACUUUCUGAGUUAAGAGACUGGAUUUACUUAGAAUUUUUGCUUAUGUCUAAUAAAAGUAAAUAUAGUA